UCGACGUUCAGCCUUCAGUUCGCACGGUUCGGCAAGCGGUGGCCAUCUGGAGAGAUAGCGCCAGAUAAGCAACCAGCCAAUCCUUAUAAGCGGACAUAAGCCCGAGUGCCGAUCGAGAAUUCUUGACGGGCGUGCGUGUGUGUGUGUGCGAGUGUGUGUGUGUCAGUCAAGUGUGUGCGUGGCACGAGCAUAUACGUAUAUGGUGCAUAUGUAUUAAUCAUCUGAGCAGUGACUUUAAUGCUGUAAUUUCGCCUGAUUGAUGGCUGGACAUGACUCUGGGUCGCGUUUUCCGCGUUGCCUGAAUCCCAAAUCCAGCGAGCUCCUUAGUCCGUCUGAGCAUGCUUGAAUUGCCGCAUUUAGUAUCGAAGAAGUGUAUUAGCAGAAUGCUGCAUUGCCGUAGUCGGGCAAUUUAUUGCCGUACCCGCAACUGAGAAUCUCUCGCUGAAAAGGGGAAGCAACCAUCCAACCAUCCAGCCAUCCAGCCAUCCAUCCAUUCAUCUACACACCACACCCAUUCGGUUUCCUAAUCAUCGUUGCUCCAAUGACAAAUGCGAUGCGGGCGAUUGCUGCAAUCGCAGCAGGAGUGGGUUCAGUGGCCGCCACGGUCGCAACCAGCACCACCAGUUCCAUCAGCAGCAGCACCACCACCAUCAGCACCAGCAGCGGCACCACCAUCGGCGGGAAUAACACCAGUGGGAGCACCGGAUUCCCAACCAAUUCCACGCUGCUGGACGCCGAUCAUCUGCCGCUGCAGCUCACGACCGCCAAGAUGGACCUGGACAUUGAAAUCGACAUCCAACUGCUGACAAAUGGCUACGAUGGCACAACGUUGACAUCGUUCUACAAUGAGAGCAGCUGGACAAAUGCGUCUGAAAUGGAUACAAUAGUUGGUGAGGAACCGGAGCCGCUGUCACUUGUGUCAAUUGUAGUUGUUGGCAUCUUCCUAUCGGUGCUGAUAUUCCUCUCGGUGGCCGGGAACAUCCUGGUGUGCCUGGCCAUCUACACGGAGCGCAGCCUGCGCCGGAUCGGCAAUCUGUUCCUGGCCUCGUUAGCGAUUGCGGAUCUGUUCGUGGCCUCGCUGGUGAUGACCUUCGCCGGUGUCAACGAUUUGCUGGGAUAUUGGAUCUUUGGAGCGCAGUUUUGUGAUACUUGGGUGGCCUUUGAUGUCAUGUGCUCGACGGCGUCAAUUCUGAACCUGUGCGCCAUCUCGAUGGACCGCUACAUUCACAUCAAGGAUCCGCUCAGAUACGGCCGCUGGGUGACACGACGCGUGGCUGUCAUCACCAUCGCCGCCAUUUGGCUGCUGGCCGCGUUCGUCUCCUUUGUGCCCAUCUCGCUGGGCAUCCAUCGGCCGGACCAGCCGCUGAUUUUCGAGGACAAUGGCAAAAAGUAUCCAACAUGCGCCCUGGACCUCACGCCCACCUACGCCGUCGUGUCCAGCUGUAUCAGUUUCUACUUCCCCUGCGUGGUCAUGAUUGGCAUCUACUGUCGACUAUACUGCUAUGCCCAGAAGCACGUGAAGUCCAUCAAGGCGGUCACCCGACCAGGUGAGGUGGCCGAGAAGCAGCGCUACAAGAGCAUCCGGCGCCCAAAGAACCAGCCCAAGAAGUUCAAGGUGCGCAACCUGCACACCCACAGUUCGCCAUAUCACGUAUCCGACCACAAGGCGGCCGUCACGGUGGGCGUGAUCAUGGGCGUGUUCCUCAUCUGCUGGGUGCCCUUCUUCUGCGUCAACAUCACGGCCGCCUUCUGCAAGACCUGCAUCGGCGGACAGACCUUCAAGAUCCUCACCUGGCUGGGCUACUCGAACUCGGCCUUCAAUCCGAUCAUCUACUCGAUCUUCAACAAGGAGUUCCGCGACGCCUUCAAGCGCAUCCUGACCAUGCGCAAUCCGUGGUGCUGUGCCCAGGAUGUGGGCAACAUCCACCCGCGGAACAGCGAUCGCUUCAUCACGGACUAUGCCGCCAAGAAUGUGGUGGUGAUGAACUCGGGCCGCUCGAGCGCCGAACUGGAGCAGGUGUCUGCGAUUUGACCAAAAGGCUGUCUGAAUCUCACCGGCGGCGGAGCCACCUGGCUGCCCUGCGGAUGCGGCGGUCUGCGCGUGGACGACGAUGACGAUGGAGCGCUGACCACGCGGUAUGUUCCAUGAGAUUCGGUCACGGCGGCCACCGCCACCAUUGUGGAGACCGUGGAGGCCGCGCAUAUGGAGACGGAGCUGCUCUAGGCCGGCAAAUGGGUUCCUAAAACCAACUCGAUGUCUCACAGUUUAAACCGUAAGCAAUCCCAGCCCUCUGCCCUACUGACCCAGUGGAUAUGGAAACCUGUAAGUAUUAUCAGCGCGUCCCCGAGACUAAGCAAUCAACUAUGCGUAUACUUAAUCGCACUAGUAUCUAGCUGUAAGUCCCACUAACAAAAGGAAUACAAAUCAGAAAAACAAAAUGGAAACCCAACCCGAAACGUGAUUAGGUCUAAGAUCUUCAACCCGGCACCUAAGAGAGCUUCUAGUUAAGUUUCCGUUUGGAUAUUCAUGGCGGUUUGUCUCCAUGCAAAUGCGAUUAUUAUGAAGUGACACAUGUCACUUGCCACAUUUCUCACUCACUCACCCAUCCAAACAAACAAGCACACACGCACACAACAACAAGCCACACAGAUACAUGGGGAAAAAGAAAGAAAACGUUGCAUACAUCGCGGCGCCCUCAUAUUCGAACAGCUCUACAUUUGAUUUAUUGAUGAAAAU